AUGCCGCGUUCGUUCCUUGUGAAGAGCAAGAAGGCUCACAGUUACCACCAGCCGCGCUCCCCGGGACCCGACUAUGCCCUCCAACCGGAGAGCGUCCCGGCGCCCGGCGGAGCAGACAGCACCUCGGGCGCCGCGGGGGUGAAGGUGGAGCCCGGGAGCCGUUUGUCUCCCGAGUCGCAGCUGACGGAGACCCCCGACGGAGCCUCCGCGUCCCCCGGCAGCUGCGAGGGCAGCGUCUGCGAUCGGAGCUCGGAAUUCGAGGACUUCUGGAGGCCCCCGUCGCCCUCUGUGUCUCCAGCCUCGGAGAAGUCGGUGUGCCCAUCGCUGGACGAAGCUCAGCCCUUCCCCUUGCCCUUCAAGCCCUACUCGUGGAGCGGCCUGGUGGGUUCCGACCUGCGGAAUCUGGUGCAGAGCUACCGGCCGUGCGCGGCCCUGGAGCGCGGCGCAGGCCUGGGCCUCUUCUGCGAGCGCAGCCCGGAGCCAGGCCACCCCGCGGCGCUGUACGGCCCGGAGCGGACGGCGGGCGGCGCGGGGGCUGGGGCGCCCGGGGGAGGUAGCGCAGGAGGCGGCGCGGGCUUGGGGCUCUACGGCGACUUCGGGCCCGCGGUGGCCGGGCUGUACGAGCGGCCGACGGCGGCGGCGGGCGGGCUGUACCCGGAGCGUAGCCACGGGCUGCACGCGGACAAAGGCGCUGGUGUCAAGGUGGAGUCGGAGCUCCUGUGCACCCGCCUGCUGCUGGGCGGCGGCUCCUACAAGUGCAUCAAGUGCAGCAAGGUGUUCUCCACGCCGCACGGGCUCGAGGUGCACGUGCGCAGGUCUCACAGCGGCACGAGGCCCUUCGCGUGUGAGAUGUGCGGCAAGACCUUCGGGCACGCGGUGAGCCUGGAGCAGCACAAAGCCGUGCACUCACAGGAAAGGAGCUUUGACUGUAAGAUCUGUGGCAAGAGCUUUAAGAGGUCAUCGACGUUGUCCACGCACCUCCUCAUCCACUCAGACACCCGGCCCUACCCCUGUCAGUACUGUGGCAAGAGGUUCCAUCAGAAGUCAGACAUGAAAAAACACACCUUCAUCCACACUGGUGAGAAGCCCCACAAGUGCCAGGUGUGCGGCAAGGCCUUCAGCCAGAGCUCCAACCUCAUCACCCACAGCCGCAAGCACACAGGCUUCAAGCCCUUCGGCUGUGACUUGUGUGGGAAGGGCUUCCAGAGGAAGGUGGACCUCAGGCGGCACCGGGAGACACAGCAUGGGCUCAAAUGAGUGCCCUGGCG